UAUCACAAGUUGUCAAUUUCAACGGGAGACAAGCACGAAGACGGGUAGAGAGAGAGAGAGGGAGAGAGGAGAGAGAGAUCCGGGCGGCCAUGGCUGAUCUGUUCGCAUGGCUACUGUCCUUCUUCCUUCUCAUAGCGAUUCUUGGCAUUCUUCUCUACCAGCUCAUGUGCUUGGCGGAUCUUGAGUUUGAUUAUAUCAACCCAUAUGAUUCGGCAUCUCGGAUAAACAAGAGUGUUUUGCCAGAAUUUGUUGUUCAAGGAACCCUAUGCUUCCUCCAUCUUGUAACAGGACAUUGGGUUAUGUUCUUAUUUUGUCUCCCUUACUCGUACUACAAUUUCAGACUGUACAAUCAGAAACGACAUUUGGUAGAUGUAACCGAGAUCUUCAACCAGCUACCUUGGGAAAAGAAGCUACGGAUUUUUAAGCUUGCAUAUCUUGUUGUCCUCCUGUGCCUUUCCAUAUUCUGGAUGAUCUGGAGCAUCGUGGAUGAUUAAUCAGGCAUUGGUGCUCCUAUUGACCAUUCCCACGGUAGUUUUGAAUGAGAAUUUGAGAUGAUUACAAAUUCCAGGAGAAUGAAUUGGGGCUGCUGUGGAUCAAGCCAGAUUGUGAUCUGAACUGAUGAUUUCCCUGCAUUGUUGUAAUAUAAGGCGUAUUCUUUAGUGAUGGAAAAGCCGGGUUAUUUUACAUAAUUUCUCCUCAGUCUUCAAUCCUGUGAUUUAUUUGUAUUUGAACUGGAAGUCUUGAAGGGCCCAAGUUAUGGUUUAUUUCAGAGGGAAGAUAAUUUGGAUUGGAAUAAACAAAUUAAUCCAAACGACGAAGGGGCUCUUGCUAACUUUCAUAUAGUGUGUGUUCUAUGCUCAAUUUAUUUGUACAGAAACAUAUAAUUGCCAGGAAACUGGUUUGCCAUCUUCCUACCUUUUCUUAGUUUUUUAUAUGUUUUCA